UUCAACUUGCAUUGAUCUUCCUUGACGCUAGCCAUCAGCUCGCUCUGCUAGCAGCUGCCAUGUUUUCUCUUCGUAGUUGUGGUCGGCAAGUGUGCCUUGCCUCCUCUACUGCCCCUCUGAAUAUAGACCUUCACCGGUCGGUGAUUGUUGGCUCGUCGUGGCAGCUGAACAAAGACAAAGGAGAGGAACCGGGGAGGAGGAGGAGGAGCCAUCCACCCCACAAGCGUCGUCGUGUCUUCCACCACCCAUGCGGUAGAGGCGAGGCGGCGGCGCAGCCGUGCGCCGUGGUGGGUGACCGGGUGACGGUCCUGACCAUCGACGGUGGCGGCAUCCGGGGCCUCAUCCCGGGCACGGUGCUCGCCUUCCUCGAGGCCCGGCUGCAGGACCGGGACGGGCCGGCGGCGAGGUUGGCGGACUACUUCGACUACAUCGCCGGGACGAGCACCGGCGGGCUCAUCACGGCGAUGCUGGCCACGCCGGGGAAGGACGGGCGCCCGCGCUUCUCCGCCGACGGUAUCAACCCCUUCUACCUCAAGCACGGCCCGCGCAUCUUCCCUCAGAGGUGGAGCAGCCUCGCUGCUUGCAUCGCCGCGGCGAGGGGCCCCAAGUACGACGGCGAGUACCUCCGGGCCUUGAUCCGGGAGAAGCUUGGCGAGAAGAGGGUGCUCGACACGCUCACCAAUGUCGUCAUCCCCACCUUCGACGUCAAGCUGCAGCAGCCUAUCAUCUUCUCCACAUACGACGCCAAGGUCACGCCUUCGAAGAAUGCGCUGCUAUCUGAUGUCUGCAUCGGCACGUCGGCGGCUCCAACCUAUCUCCCAGCACACUACUUCUGCACCAAAGAUGCCAACAGAGAACAGCGCGAAUACAACCUCAUCGACGGUGGUGUUGCGGCCAACAAUCCGACGAUGGUUGCCAUGACGAUGAUCACGGAAGAGAUCAUGGCCAGGAAAGAGGACGCGCACCAGUACCUGACCAGGACGAUGGAGGAGAACUGCGGCCGGUUCCUGGUGCUGUCCAUCGGCACCGGCCUGAGGUCCGAGGAGGAGCAGUACACCGCGGAGGCCUGCUCCAGGUGGGGCAUCCUCGGGUGGCUGCACAAGGGGGGCAUGAAGCCCAUCAUUGACUUCUUCAUGGCCGCCAGCUCCGACCUCGUCGACAUCCACGUCGCCGCCAAGUUCAAGCUGUUCCGCAGCGAGAGCAACUACCUCCGCGUCCAGGACAACACGCUCGGCGGCACCGCCGCGGCGGUGGACGUGGCGACGCCGGAGAACAUGGGGAACCUCGUCGGGACCGGCGAGAACCUGCUGAGGCAGCAGGUGUCGAGGGUCAACGUGGACACCGGCAAGUACGAGGUGGUGCCGGGUGAGAGGACCAACGCGCAAGCUCUCGACGACCUGGCGAAGCAGCUCUCCGAGGAGAGGAAGGCGAGGCUCCGGCAAGGGAAGGCUGUGCCAGGCCGUGGCGUCGGUGCGGCGCGGUAGGGAAUGCCGAUGGCUCAUAAAUUAGUUAUUAGUCCAUCUUCUUAGCUUAAUAAUUUAUUUCUAAAAUAUUUUGAUAGGGUGUGCGUUUAGAUAUCGCAGAAGAUGACAUA